UCUAUGAUUCUAAGUUGGUCUAAAUGGACUGUCACCUUUUGCAUCUGUCACUUGUAAGGCUCCCAUUUUGCCCAGCCAGCACCUUUCUCAAGCACUCCAUCCUGGGCAGCUUAGAAAAAGGAUGAUGGCUGAUAUUAACAGGAUAGGUUCACAUGAAUCACAAGCAUUUUGGCUUAACAUGCUGAUGUGUACAUCUCUUCUAAGACAGCAACUCAUACACACUGAAAGUACAUGUAGAAUUGAUAAACACUCUGUUGACUACAGAGAAAGGGAAUACCUGUGAUCCCCAGUCUCUCCCUCUGAUUUCUGUGUUUUUACAACCCUGAAAUCAGAAUAGUGAUGUUCUUGGCUUGCCAUCUCUGUCUAAGGUACAGAUUCAAGAAAAAGCUCAGUGAAAUAGGAGAGAAAUUCCUUGUUUCUCUACACUCCACUGAGUAAUCAAACUGUGUCAGGUUUCCAUGCAUACUGCCAUGCUGUCUUUGUUUUGUACAUAGCCUCACAAACUUCAGCCCUUUUUGAUUGAAGUUUUCCAUAUCAACAGCCACCCCUUCUUCAACUUAAAUUUAGGUUUUCUCACAGAUACUCUAUGCUAUCUUGCCCAUCACCACCAUCAUCUUGAACCUGUAGCUCCUCUUCAAGGAUAAGAGUUCCCACAGAUACCUCAUGAGCUGAGAAUCCCAGAGCAAUUACCCACUACUUUGCUUUGUGUGACUUCCAGCUAGCUGAGCCCAAAUUCUCCCAGAACUGCCUCAGACUGAAACUCCUGGAUGUAACAGAAUACCUGUUGCUUUACAGUUUUUCCUAAAAACACCUGUACAAUUGCUGUAAUGUACAUAUAGCAAACUGUCAGCAAAAGCUCAGUCAUGUCCUCCAGCUCUUGGAUUCAUGCAGGGCUCCUGUUAAGGGUGUAUUUCUCUAUCAUGACUAAGAAGUGAUUACACAUACUCCUCUUUCAGGGAUGUGCAAUCAGGACAGACUCUUCAGUUAUUCUCACUGCAAGUGUAGGUGCUGACUGGCAGCUGUAGAGAUGACUCUAAACAUUUUAUGCCUUGAAUAUUUUGUUGUACUCGUGGCUUUACAAGAUUUACAGUAAAAGUGGAAAAUGUUCUAACAUAUGAACUUCUAAGGCAUUCAUUUAAGCAUUUCCAACAAUUUAUGGUUCAAUUUACAGUCUCUCAUGGGAGUUUUGACAAUUUUUAGAAGCGCAUAGUGUGCACAAAGAUAAGUGAGAAAAUAUUACAACAUAUCAUAUGCAAGUUUUCUGACUUCACAGUUUAGUGUGAUAUAUCACUCCCAGUGAUCUCUGUCGUAGGAAUGGAUGCAAUAUAAUUUUCUACACUGAUCUAUAAUCAAUAUCUGUGCUUGAGUUCACAUACUGCAGGCUUUCAAACUGUGAAUAAUCUGCAAUGCUCUCUGAUAGUGAGCUCCUAAUUCUUCUUCCUGCUAUACAUAGUUCAAGGCAAAAGAGUUUGCAGGCCUUACAGGAUAGUAUGACGUUGUAAAGUACCACACGGAUUCAUUUCACCAGAUUUCUUUUUUUAAGUAUUCAAACUCAUGGGACUUUUCUUUUCUUUAUAAAGUGUCUAAUAUUGCACGCAUUUCCUUCACACAGUCCUAGUAGCAAAGCAAUACUAUUUGGAAGAACAUGAACGAAACAAAGGCUCACAGUGGAGCGCACUAAACAAUUUUAAAUCUCUGGUAUUUCUUUGACUGGCAUAUAUACUUCAACUCCAAUAAAGUAAUUCAAAAUAUGAAUUCAAUUAUUCAUAAUAACUGUUGCUUAUUUUUAACUGGAAAUGUUAAGCAUAAUAAAGAUGGCACAUUGCCUUGUGAUAAAACUUCUGGCCUCCAUAAAUAUUUCCUUCCUAACAUCAGAAUUUCCCCUAGGGACAUCCAACUACUACUAAGUUAUUGGUGUGCUUACCCUCCCAUGAUCAGGGGUUUUCAUUAUUCCUUUGACUUUAGGAUUGAGGGGCACUUAAGACUUCUCACUACAAGAUAACCUACAAAACACAAAGUGUCCUUAAAGUCAGAAAAGCUCAAUAAUUUUGUAGUGUUCCAUAUAUGUAUAACAUGAUAAAGACAUGACAGUCAUUUGGAGACAAUUGCUAAUAUCAAAAGGAAAUCUCAACAGUUGCAGAACAGAAUUCUCUUUUCCUAACCAGUCAUGCUGAAAACAUCCUUCAUUCCAUUACAACAGCAGCUGAAUUCUUUGGAAAUGUAAGCAGAGUGCUAUUGUAUAGCAUUGAUGGAGUGACUCUCUACUGAGCCACUUCUCUGAUCUCAGUUAUUCAUUAGACGUUAUUAGGAAAGCCUUUCCCAUAAGAUCUUCACAGAAGCGAGCAGAUGCCCUAUCGAACAUUAAUGUGACAACAAAGCGGAACAGCUAUUUGGAGCACAGGUCAGCCUUCGCCUGUGCUCAGUGGAGCAAGAACUGUAUUCUGGUAACUGCCAGAUCAAGGAAUGAAACAGCAAAAAGGUACAGUUCAACUAUACAUGGGAGGUGAUAAAGAGUACAGCCAUACAGGGUCUUCGGGAACACUACAUGGACGUUUUCUUCCAGACAUAUUAGCUGGUAGGUAAGAUAUGUCUCAAAUACUGGCUCUAACUGGGGCAAAUACAAACACUUACAAACUGGAUCUGCUGUCAGCUACACACAAAAACUAUACACCUGGUCUAGCCAGCCUGUAUUAAGGAAGGAUUAGCACAGCUUUGCACGUGUGUUACAUGUGCCCAUGAAACUGCAAGGUAAAUUACCUGAUGUUGUGAGAUUUCCUAUCCUCAUCACAAUUAUAACUAAAAGGUAUCUAUAAGGUACCUGUUAACAACUUGUUAGCACUAACUAUGAAAUUGCAUAUCUAAUGAAGGUGGCCUCAGCACAGUGCAAGUAAUAAGAGCACAGAAGCAGCACAGUAACCAAUCAACGCAAAUGCAAAAGACAUUAGGCAUGAAGAGCAUUACAGGAGGAAGACCCUUAACUGAUCAAAAUAGGAAUCCUAAGUUAAGGUACAAGAGCAAAGAACAGAAGUAACUAUAUGCAUAAAGUAUACUAAAUAGAAGUAGGUUAAGUAGAACAUAAGGAAAUAUGUGCAAGAGGUAGCAUUUUUUGAAGGAAUGACCCACACUUGUACCUACAUAUUAUUGCUUGCUUCUGUCUUUCUCCAAUAUCAUCCAAGCAAGGCAGAUACUAGCAGCUAACAUGGCAUUUCCUUCCUUUGUCAGAUGCACAUUUGGUUGUUUCAAUUUUGUAUGACUUUACAGAAAAGGAAAUUAAUUCUUAGCAUCAAAGGGACAGUCUACAGUCUUGUUUGUGCUCUAACAUCUUAUCUGCUGAAGAACCAAAUCUGGAAAAAGAAAAUGCUAUGAACUCUCAGCACACACUAACAAAGUCAGCUUCAUGCAGGUCGUAGUAAGCAGCACGAAUCAGCUUUUUCAUAGGAGAUGGCCACCUUUUUCUCUGAGCUGGUUCAGUUCCAGGGACUAGUUCAAAUGAUCUUAGUGCUAGGAAUUGGUGGUAGCUUCCCAUACGGAUUUCACAUUUCUGUCAUCAACUAUCCUUCUGUGCACAUCAGGAAGUUUAUUAAUGAAACCUGGAUAGAGCGACAUGGCUCUCCUCUCCAUCCUGAGACAAUCAUGCUGUUGUGGUCCUUCAUUGUGUCUGUUUAUGGGAUCGGAGGACUCCUGGGGAGCCUCUGCUGUGGCUACCUGACUACAAGAUACAGGAAAAAAAAGUGCCAAAUGUGCACCAACCUGAUCAUGCUGAUAGCUGCACUUUUCAUGGCCUUCAGUAAAACAGCCAAAUCCUUUGAGAUGAUUCUGGUUGGACGUUUUCUUUAUGGCAUUGGGACAGGUUUUUCUCUCAAUAUACAUCCUCAGUAUGUAGGAGAGAUUUCACCCAAGAAGCUGCGUGGAUUUACCAACUCCACAGUUGCUGUUUUUCUGACACUGGGAAAAUUCAUGGGACAGGUUAUUGGACUACGGGAGAUUUUAGGAAGUGAAGCUUUGUGGCCAUGGUUGUUAGCAUCUAGUGGAAUUUCAGCAUUGGUUCAACUGGCUACCCUCCCAUUUUUCCCUGAUUCACCAUCCUACCUCCUGAUACAGAAGGGUAAUGAGGAAGCCUGCAGGAAAGCCAUCAGGAAGCUCUGGGGGGAAGGAGACCAUCAAGCAGAAAUUGAUGACAUUAUGAAGGAGAAGGUUGCAAUGACAAGCACAAAAACCUUGCGCGUCCUCGAAUUAAUAAAAGAGCGGUCUUUGCGCUGGCAACUCUACAUUUUGAUUAUUGUCAUGACGACCUUGCAGCUCUGUGGAAUCAAUGCAAUAUACUUCUAUUCUUUUGAAGUAUUUCACACAGCCAAAUUUGAAGAAUACCUUAUCCCAUAUGUGUCCCUGGGAGUGGGAUUGUGUGAAUGCUUAUCCUCUAUACUGUGUAGCACCCUCAUAGACCGAUUUGGCAGGAAGGUGCUGCUAUGGGGAGGAUACACACUGAUGUGCUCUGUGCUAGCACUCCUCACCAUGACCCUGUCACUGCAGCACCACUUUUUCUGGAUGCAUUACUUCAGUGUUAUCUUGAUCUUCCUAUUUGUUACCUUCUAUGGAAGUGGACCAUCUGGAGCUACUGUGUCUGUCAUGGUUGAAAUCUUCAGCCAGUCCUUCAGACCAUCAGCCUUCCUGAUUGUUGGCUGCAUCAACUGGAUGGGAUUGUUUGUACUUGGGAUGAUUUUUCCACUGAUUGUUGAUAACCUUGGACCCUUCUGCUUCCUUAUCUUUUUGGGAAUCCUUGCUUUCUCAGCAAUUUUCAUCUACCUGUAUCUCCCUGAGACCAAGGGGAAAUCCAUCAUGGAAAUAAAAGCAGAGUUCAACAAGCUGAACUUUGGGAAAAAAGAAAUCUCAGUCACUGAUAACAGCCUUCCUAAGGAACAGUGGUCCAGCACCAAGCUCUGAAUGUUCAGAGGAGAAAUUCGCAUCAGUUAGAAAAGACAGGAAACACCGUUGCAAUAGAACUAAAAAAGAAACAUUAAAACCAGCCUGCAACUCUUCUGUGUUUUA